CACAGCUGAGAGUUCGACAGACGUACAGAACAGCACACACGUACAAGACAUACACAAGCAAGCUGCUGCACAGUGGACUGUGAACUUUUAACUGGACUGGACAAAACAGCACCUGAACACACUGGCUCUGCAGAUCCAACCCAGACACUCGCUGGUUCAUCAUAGGAUGAAACAGUGGAGGCGUGUUCUUGUGGCCCCAAUCUUGCCCCCCAUCUCUGAGUCGCUGGAGGACCAGGGGACCCCAACACCACCCCUCCAGGGGCCCCCAACGCCAGCCCUCCUCCAGGGACCGACGCCAGCCCUCCAGGGGCCUCCAACUCUCCACUCUCUGGACGACUACACCGCCUCCAUCAGAGCGCUGGCCCGGCCCCCCUCUGCCCUGCCUGCACCAAUCAGGUCGUCCACAGCCGUGGCUGGACCAAUCAGAGCGGCCCGUGGCCAGAGACCCCGUCCCUCCCACGCCAAGGCCAGGAGUUUGCGGCCGCGCUAUGGACUCGUCGUGGCUCCCGGCAACCAGAGGGACCCUGUGGACUGGCUCUUCGGACAGAGUCAGGGACAGAUGCUCACGCACACACACCGCCACUUGGACCCACACACACUGCCUCGGACUCAGGCACAGCAAACGGAGGACACAAACAUCUUCUUGCCUUCGAUAUGGAUGCUUUAAGACACCACCCCAACACACACACACACACACACACACACACACACACACACACACACACACACACACACACACACACACACACACACACACACACACACACAAUCAAGCACAGAGACAUUCAAUCAGACUCUUUACUUCAAUGGAAUUAGAGUAUCUGAAGGUCUACCAUGGACUCUGAAGCAGGGGCGCUGCCAGAAAUUUUGGGCCCCAUGAAAGAUUUGAAUUUUGGGCCCCCUUAAGGGCCCCUGUCAGUGCUGUCAGUGCUUGGGCCCUUAGAAUCUGUAACACCUUUCCCCCCUUAGAGGCACCCAUGCUCUGAAGCAUGGCUCUGCAGCCAGAAUGCCUAGUUUGCUUUGGUUACCUUCAGUGGUGUAGUCUACUUUUUAUGGUGGGUAUACUAUAUAUUUGAGCAUUUUUUGAAGAGGGUAUACUGUUGUGCUAUCCUAAAUAAUGGAUCAAUCCAUUUUAAGUGGGUAUACUGAAAUCCCUGAAAUUCUGAAGUGGGUAUACUCCGUAUACCUGCGUUCUACGUAGACUACACCACUGGUUACCGUAUUAGUGACUAGGCUAGUGUGGUACAAACAGAGGCAUGGAAGUAGGAGUUCAGCUAAUCCCAUUGGCCUUAAUGUUCCAUUUUUUUACACAACAGUGGUGGCUCAUGGAGCCUUUGACACAUACUGUAGAUUGCCAUUGACAUAGUUCCGCUAGUUCCAGGAAGUGGGCGUAGAACAAAGAAAGUGCAGUAAAAGGUAGGAUAAAUAUGAUGUAUUUCCACUUCAUGUUUGCUUGCUAUGUAGUGUUUCUGUGUUAGUCUCAACAGAAAGCCACUGCCUAGAACUAUUUGAAUCUAUAUGAAUAUGUCACCACUUCCUGUACCCUGCUUGUCAGAACUCUGGGUACAAAACAUUUGUACUAGUCUACAAUUCAAUGAGCUAAUCAGCUCAACUCAGAUUGGUUAACAGCUAGCCAAUGAGACCCUGGCGAUAAGCAUCCUUCAGUUCUGUGUGCUGAUGUCCGAUGGAAAAUGGCUUCUAGAGGUACACAUGUGUGUAUAUGUCUACUUGUGUAAAUAUUUAUGUGUAUAAGUAUGUGUAUACGGAAUUGAAAUAUCACAGAAUUGCUAUGUUUGUUUCUAAUUUAUUUAUUUGGCCAGAUGUGUCUGCAUUGCCAUUUGUGUGCAAAUAAAUCAUCAAACCCUGAAAUGAA